AUGGAAAGAGACAAUGACAGCACCUUCUCUGGAUUCAUCCUCCUGGGCUUCUCCAACAGGCCUCAGCUGGAAACAGCUCUCUUUGGGGUCAUCCUGGUCAUAUACUUUUUGAGCAUUCUAGGCAAUGGCACCAUUAUUUUUUUGUCAGUUGUGGAUCCUCACCUCCAUACCCAAAUGUAUUUCUUCCUGUCCAAUCUCUCUUUUAUGGAUCUUUGUGUGACUACUUGUACUGUCCCUCAGACACUGGUCAACCUCAAUGGAAAGGAUAAGACCAUCACCUAUGGUGGCUGUGUGACCCAGCUACUCAUUGACUUGGGACUUGGGGGAAUGGAGUGUGUCCUCCUGACGGUGAUGGCCUAUGACCGCUAUGCAGCUGUCUGCUGCCCACUCCACUACAUGGUGAUCAUGCAUCCACAACUUUGCUUACAGCUGGUUAUAACUGCUUGGAUUACAGGCUUUGGCAAUUCUGUGGUACAUACAGCAUUGACCAUGACUCUUCCCUUCUGUGGAAGAAACCAGUUGGACCAUUUCUUCUGUGAAGUCCCAGCCAUAAUGAAACUGGCCUGCACCGACAUCUCCAUCAACAAGGCUGAAGUCUUUGCUGUCAGUGUCUUCUUCUUGGUAGUGCCCCUCUCACUCAUCUUAGUGUCCUAUGGGCACAUUACUCUUUCAAUCCUGAAGAUAAAAUCUGCCCAGGGCAGGAGGAAGGCUUUUGGAACCUGCAGUUCCCAUCUUCUUGUAGUGAUCAUUUUCUUCAGUGCUCUCAUCUCCAUGUACCUCCAGUCUCCAUCCAGUUAUUCACAGGACAUGAACAAAAGCAUUUCAUUCUUUUAUACACUGGUGACUCCUCUGUUAAAUCCCUUGAUUUACACUCUGAGAAAUAAAGAAGUGAAAGAUGCACUAAGGAGAAUAUUCAGGAGGAUCAUGUACUCAAGAAAGAGUUAA